AUGCAUGAUCUGACAAAAACAGCGAGCAUUGGGAAUAAGGAUGCGGUUUUCGCUUUUCGUGUGAAUUUAGAAAUGAUGGUGGCAAGUGAGCUACAUGGAUUUUCCAUGUCCCUGGGGUCAAAGAAACCAACCUUCCACCAUGACAAGAAUUUGUCUUCCUCAUUCUCUGGUAGCAGAGUGAACUUGCUUCAAUCAAAGAAUGUAGUAUCUGGUUUUCCUCCAGGAAAAUUCUUUAGUGUUACACAGAGAAACACAACCAGAAGAUUUUUGGCUAUGUCUACUCUUGCAGAUGUUGCAAAUGAAUUUAUGGCCCUUCAAUCACCAAUACUUACAGGAAGAGAAGCCAACCCAAAGACUGUUGCAUCGAUCAUAUUAGGUGGUGGAGCUGGAACUCGUCUAUUCCCCCUAACUCAAAGAAGGGCUAAACCUGCUGUACCAUUUGGAGGAUGCUAUAGGCUGGUCGACAUACCGAUGAGUAAUUGUAUUAAUAGUGGAAUUAACAAAAUUUACGUCCUCACACAAUUUAAUUCUCAGUCCCUCAACCGCCACAUUGCUCGAACAUAUAAUUUGGGAGGUUGCAUCAACUUUGGUGGUUUUGUUGAGGUAUUGGCAGCAACUCAAACACCUGGUGAAUCAGGAAAGAAAUGGUUUCAGGGUACAGCCGAUGCUGUAAGACAAUUCCUUUGGUUGUUUGAGGAUGCCGAUCAUAAAAAUAUAGAGAACAUUCUGAUAUUGUGUGGUGAUCAGCUCUAUCGAAUGGACUACAUGGAAAUUGUGCAGAAGCACAUUAAUUCAUGUGCUGAUAUAUCAGUAUCUUGUCUCCCAGUGGAUGGCAGUCGGGCCUCUGAUUUUGGAUUAGUGAAGGUUGAUGAAAGAGGGCAGAUAUGCCAGUUCUUAGAAAAACCCAAGGGCGAAUUAUUAAGAUCUAUGCAUGUAGAUACGAGUAUUUUUGGACUGUCGGCUCAAGAAGCAAGGAAACUUCCAUACAUUGCAUCAAUGGGUAUAUAUGUGUUUAAAAUAGAUGUUCUGCUAAAAGUUCUCAGGGGCUGUUAUCCUAAUGCAAACGAUUUUGGAUCCGAGGUCAUUCCAUUGGCUGCAAGAGAUUUUAAUGUCCAGGCAUGUCUUUUCAAUGGUUAUUGGGAAGAUAUUGGGACUAUAAAAUCUUUCUUUGAUGCGAACUUGGCUCUUAUGGACCAGCGGCCCAAGUUUCAGUUGUAUGACCAGUCCAAGCCUAUUUUUACAUGUCCUCGGUUCCUACCACCAACUAAAAUGGAGAAGUGUGAGGUAAUUAACUCUUUAAUUUCAGAUGGUUGCUUUUUAAAAGAGUGCACAGUUGAACAUUCCAUCGUGGGAAUUCGAUCACGACUUGAUUCUGGAGUGCAGAUAAAGGAUACCAUGAUCAUGGGUGCUGACUAUUACCAAACAGAGGCUGAAAUAGCUUCUCUUUUAGCAGCGGGAAAUGUUCCGAUAGGCAUUGGGAAAAAUACCAAAAUUGUGAAUUGUAUAAUUGACAAAAACGCAAGAAUUGGAAACAAUGUAAUUAUUGCAAACAAAGACAAUGUGCAGGAGGCAGACAGAGCAUCAGAGGGGUUCUACAUUCGAUCAGGAAUCAUUGUGGUCUUGAAAGACUCUGAAAUUACGAAUGGUACAAUUAUUUAA